AUGGGUGAUCCGAAAAGUCAAAAGUCCGCAUCAGGAGUAGGAGGAGGUGUGGCGGGAACAACCGGUGGAGGGGCCGGUGGGGUCCCGGGAGGAGCAUCCUCGACGGCAGCCGCCUCUGCCACGACUACGACGACAACUGCUGCUGCAAACACACCGGUAACGACGCCGCAGCAGCAGCAGCAACAUCAUCAGCCGCCUUCGCAUCAUCCGCAUGCGCAGCUGCAGCACCACCAUCAGCAGCCGCCCCCUCCGCCACCGCCCCACCAUUCGCAUGCACCGCACCCACUGCAUAUGCCGCCGCAUCCGCAUCAACACCAUCACCCGCACCACCAUCAACCGGGACCGCCGGGUGCGGGUGGUGACCAUCAACCACCACCGCCACCACCAGGCCAUGGGCCACCGCCACACCAUUCUUCGCCCUACGAACACCACCAUCCGGUACCGGGUGCCGGUCCGGGUGAGGCACCGAACGGGGGCGGUUCCGGUGCAGGGGGAGCCGGCGGAAAGGAUGAAUCGUUGCCACCGCCGCACCAUGGCCACGGGCCUCCACCACCGCCACCGCACGGUGGUGCCGGUGGUCCACCGCCACCACCCCCGAUGGGUCACCACCAUCAUCAGAUGCAGCAUCACGGGCAGGUGUACGGUCAGCCGCCACCGCCGGCAAUGCAGCAUCAGCAGCAGUACGCGCCCCGCUACCACCAUCACCAUCCCCAUCAUCCGCACGACCCGAACGUGCAGCCGCCGGGUGCUGGUGGAGCACCCGACCCAUACGCACACUAUCACGCGCAUCGAAUGGGUGCGGCAGCAGCCGCCGCAGCAGCGGCCGCAGCGGCUGCUGCCUCGACCGGUGGUGCCGGUGGUGGUGGGGGCGCCGGUGGUGCGGGCACACCGCCACCGCAGCAUACCGGGGGAAAACCGGCGGCCGCGGCCGCCGCAGCAACGGCAGCCGCCGCCGCCGCAGCAGCAGCAGCCACCGGCAGUCCGAUGCAUGGGCGGCACAGCCGCUACAUGUCUCAGCAGCCGACGGCCGCUGGUGCCGGUGGUGCUGGAGCUGGUGGGCAGCCACCACCACCCGGUGGAGGUGCGAACGCACCACCGCCCGGUGGACCAGCCGCCGGUGGCCCGACGCCGACACUUAACUCGCUGCUACAGUCGCAUCCACCGCCGCCACCACAUCCGGGUGCACCGCAUCACCGCUAUCCACCGACCGGGUACGACCCAUCCGCACCCCAGGGUCAACAGCCGCCCGGGCCCGGUCAACCGCCCGGUCCUGGUGGUGGACCGCCCGGUCAAGGACAGCCCGGUAUGCAUCCGUACCAUGGUGGGCAUCAACAGCAGGGUUGGGCCCCGCCGCCCCGACCCUACAGUCCCCACUCGCAACCGUAUCGACCGCCACCACCGGGUAAUACCGGACGAGGACAGUCACCAUAUCCGCCGGGCCCACCGGGCCAAGCGCCCGGCAGCUAUCCUCCACCUCAACCGCCCGGGCAGGGGUCGCAACAGCAGCCACCACCGGGUCCACCCCAGUCGGCCGGUAGCCAACCCGGCGCGGCACCAGGAGCUCCACCGGGCCAGGGACCACCGCCGGCGGGUACCCCUGGUGGGCCCGCUGGCGGAGCGCCCGGCCAAUCACCGCAGCAUCAUCCACCCACAUCGCAGGGACCGCCCGCCAAUACUCAGUAUACUCCUUACCAGCCACAGCGCUAUCCGACGCCAGGCGGACCCAACGCACCGAACCAUCGUACGCCGUAUCCGCCGCAUCAGUACGAACCCGUCAGGUCGUGGCCAUCGCCAGCUGCUAGUCCGGGACCGGGUCCGGGACAUAUGCCUCCCUCACCACACGGCCCUCCACAAAGUCCUGGACAGCAGCAGCAGCAGCAACACAGUGGCCCCAGUCCGUCACCGCAGCCACCACAACCAGCUCCAUCACCGCAUCAGGAUUCCACGGGUCAGAACAGUAAUGACAGCACAACAGGAGGUAGUGGCGGGCCUGGCAAUUCCACAGGGCCAACGGGAGUGCACGGUGCACCCGGUACACCGAACUCUUCCUCCUCUUCGUCGUCUCAGGGUAUGAGACCAACGCCGUCGCCAACUGGUUCUGGCAGCGGUUCACGUUCUAUGUCGCCGGCAGUAGGCCAGCAAAGUGUUUCGAUGCCUCCUCGUCCAUCCAGCAGUCACUCGCAAACUCCAAAUCAGCAACAGCAGGGUCCGAAUCAUCAGCACGGCAGCAGUAACAGUAAUCUCGUGCACGGCAAUCAGACACAGGGACCGCCGGAUCAUCACGCCCGUGUUGCCUCACCGAAUCGUCCACCGUCGGCCUCCGCACAGCAACUACCGCCCGUGUCGACUGCCCCGUCAGGCAGUGUAUCGUUGCCACCGUCGUCUCAGGCAGGCGGCGGAGGAUCGACCGGUCCAGCGGCAGGUAUGGCCGCUCAAGGCUACCAGGCGCAAGCGCCACAUCCGCCGCACAUGCACGGUCCCUACAAGAUGGGUCCCGGAGGGCCCGGUGGUAUGCCUCCGGGCGGUCCGGGACAGCAGAUGUCUCCGUAUCCACCACCACCCCCUCACCAGCAACCACCACCGCAGUCGCAGCAGUAUUCACCACACUCGCCCGCGAGUUACUCGCCGCGUCCGCAGUAUCCGGGGGCGUAUGGGCCAUCACCACCCGUACCGGGACCACCGCCACCACCCGGGACACAGUCACCCCAACAGGGUCCACCCGGUAGUGGUGGCCCACCACCACCACAUCCACCACCCGGCGGCUAUCCGGGGCAACACCGCAUGCCUAAUCAUGUGGGUGCCGGUGGUCCGCCACCACCGCACUCGCAGUACCCUCCGCAUCAGUAUCCACAUCAGCCACCAAGUCCUUGGGGACCACCACACACACAGGCCGGACCGGGAGGAGCCGGUACGGGCCAUGUAAAUAAUCAUGUACAGCAAUCGCAACAGGGACAGAGCGGUCCGCCGACACCUGGCGGAGCAGGAGGCCCUCGGCAAGGCAAGGGUAUGCCGCCGGGGCCACCGGGAGCUGGCGGAGUGCAUCCGCAGUCACCCCAGCAGCAGCAACACUCACAACACCACCAGCCGCCACCACAUCAUCAACCGCACCAUCAAGCCCAUCAUCAGCCGCCCCACCAUCCGGGACAACCCCAGUCCCAGCAACCUCCGCCCCAGAGUGGUUCACCGCAACCGCUCAACUACCUAAAGCAACACCUUCAGCACAAGGGUGCGUACAGCGGUGCCCCUAGUCCUACGCCACCACCCGGCCAGGGCUAUGGUAACGGUCCCGGCAUGCAUCCACCGAUGGGUCCACCUCACCACAUGGGUCCACCGAUGGGGUUACCGCCACCGCCGAAUGCAAGCAGUAUGGGUCCACCACCACCGGCCGGUACGCCACCCAGCCAGUCUCCUUCUGGUGCUGGAGGUAGCGCCGUAGGACACCAGCAUCCGUCGCAGCAAGAUAGUGGCCAUCCGCCUUCGCCGCAUCAGCAACAGCCUCCGACGCAACCACAGCAUCCGGGACAACAAUCCCAACAAUCGCAACAACAACCUCCCCACUCGCCCCACCACCAUGCGCACGGGCCGCCACCCCAUGCGCAGCACCAACCGGGACACCAUCCCGGGGCCGAUGUGCCACCGCAACCACAUCAUGGGCUUUUGGCGGGAGCGGGACAGGAUAAUGGCAUCAUAAACGCGACUGGUGGGCCCGGUGGAGGAGCGGGAGGAGGUCCCCAUCAUCACCAUCAUCCCCAUCAUCAUCAUCCAGUUACCUCACUCGUUACGACGGGACCUGAUGGCGCACCACUCGACGAAGCCAGUCAGCAGAGUACCUUAUCCAAUACCUCAGUAGCUUCCGGAGAAGAUCCUACGUGCUCGACGCCGAAAUCGCGGAAAAACGAUCACUACAACCAAAGCCAUCUGACGGGCACCAACACGCCGUCGUCGUCGAACGCGUCGCCCGGGCCGCACAACGCACACGAAGACUUCGAACUCAACUCGUCCCCAACGUCCUGGCCCCGGACGCCAGCUAGUCCAGUAUUUAACAGUCACGUUCCUCCCACGCCGGAGACACCUUUUAGAUCAACUAAGCAGAAAUCGGACAGUUUGAACAAGUUGUACGAGAUGGACGAUAAGCCGGAGCGACGAGUGUUUCUGGACAAGCUGCUGGCGUACAUGGACGAGCGAAGAUCGCCGAUCACGGCCUGUCCGACGAUCUCGAAGACACCGUUGGAUCUGUACAAGCUGUACGUGUACGUGCAGGAGCGUGGCGGGUUUGUUGAGGUGUGUAAGGUUACCAAGAGCAAAACGUGGAAGGAUAUCGCCGGUAUGCUAGGUAUUGGUGCAAGCAGCAGUGCAGCCUACACGCUGCGAAAACAUUACACAAAGAAUUUGCUACCGUUCGAAUGCAAGUUUGAUCGCGGUGGCAUCGAUCCGGGUCCGAUCAUUGCACAGGUGGAGGCGGGUUCGAAGAAAAAGUCUGCCAAAACUACUUCCGUUCCCUCGCCAGGUUCAUCCAACUCGCAAGACUCUUUUCCCGCGCCUGGCAGCAGCAGUGCCUCAAUGGAUGGUUAUGGGCCGUAUCCUGGUAGCGGAUAUCCGCCAGGUUCUACACCGGACUAUGUGCAGCAGCAACAGCAACAACAAGGUAGUGCCGGAGGUCCACCGGGUGCUACUACCGCCGUGGCACAACCGGGUCCGGGACAGCAACAAACACCACAACCCCAGCAAAGGCCACCUUCGCAACAGAGUGGCACUCAGUCUCCUCAUCCAGGUUCGGCACCGCCUGCCUCUGGCGAUAACAUUAGCGUGAGCAACCCUUUUGAUGAUCCUGUGGGUCCACAGCGUCCCCCAUAUCAACAGGGUGCUCCCUAUCCACCGGUUUCACGUCCCCAAGGCGCACCUUAUCAAGGACAGCCGGGAGGUUACGGACAGUAUGGUGCACCAGAUCAGUACGGUCCGUCUGCGGGCACACCGCCUGGACAAUAUCCACCACCGCCCGGUCAGCAGGGACAGUACCCGCCAACGAACCGACCGCUCUAUCCUCCAUAUGUACCGCCAGAAACUGGAGAAGGAUCUCUCUACAGAGGCACACCACCAUCGUCGGCGGCCGGGGUUCCUGGACCUCCAUCUGCGGCUGAUCCCUACCGUGGAUACGGCAGCUCUCCAUACCCUCCGCCACCCCAGCAACGACCAUAUCCGCCGCAACAGCAACCUGUCGUCAGUGCGGCCCCAGGAGUUCCUCCGGCAGGUACUCCUCCAAUUCCGGGUCAGGCUGGUGGUGCCUCACAAGGGCAGGUGCCACCAGGUGGCCCACCAUCACAGCAGCAACAGCAACCGCAACAAACACCUCCACCACAGCAGCAACCUGGCGCACAAGGACAACCGGGUGCACCUGGUGGUUAUCCGGCACCGGUCGGUCAACCGGGCGUGCCUCAAUCAGCAGCCGAUUACUACCGACAGCAACAGGAACAGGCUCUUCCCUACCCACAGCCCAACCAGCCGCGUCGUCAUCCGGAUUUCGAAAAGAGCCAACAGCCCUACCCUCCAUACCAGCAACGGCCUCAGAUGUAUCCAGGUGGAUGGCAAGCAGGCCCUGGUGGUCAAUACCGUGGUCAGUAUCCUCCGCAAAGCCCUCAGCAACAGUGGGCACAUAAUGGUCCCCGGCCAAGCGGUCCUCCGGGACCGCCCGGUGCUGGUGGCCCUCCGGGAGGUCCACCGGGCGCUCCAGGUCAGUGGGGAGCCGCCACGGAUGUUAAUCGCUACCCCCUCAAUCAACAACAACCACCUUAUCCAACGCAUCAGCAGAGUCAACAACAACCCUGGAAUCAGAUGCCACCAACGUCGCAGAAUUCACCACUACGACCACCAUUACGCAGUGGCAAACCGUAUCCGCCAAUGGCGGGAGCCGGUCCUGGUGUUCCCACACCACCUGGUUCCAUGCCUGGAAUGCCACCCACCAGCAUUAACACGCCUCCGCAACAGCCGGGAGUUGUGAGUGGACCUCCUGGUACAACCACGUCAUCUGGACCGGUCGUUCCUGUUACGGGCGGUGUUCCGCCCGUUGUUCCCUCCGCUGGCGGCGUAGUACCGGGUAGUGGCGUGCCUUCCGUUGCUGGUAAUGCCAGUGGCGUGGUACCCGGAGCAGUUCCGGCAGCUAAUGCGUCACCAGCGGUUAAAGCACAGCCCACUGUGCAAGGCGGAGGACAAGUGCAACCGGCUGGGCCUAACUUUCAACCUUCUGGUACCGGUGGUGUACAGCAAAAGCGAGACAUUGUGUUCCCUACGGAUAGUGUGGAAGCUACCACACCGGUACUGUACCGGAGAAAGCGCAUCACUAAACUGGAUAUUGGCCAAACUGAUGCCUGGCGGAUAUUUAUGGCACUACGUUCUGGACUGCUCGUUGAAAGCACCUGGGCGUUGGAUGUGCUAAACAUUCUGCUGUUCGAUGACUCAUCCGUUGCUUACUUCGGACUAGCGCACAUGCCGGGACUGUUGAAUUUACUGCUAGAUCACUUCCAGAAGAGUCUUUGCGAUAUGUUUGAGAGUGGCAAAAGGGAAGGCACAACAAACCGAUUCAGCGUUGAAGGAAGUAAUCGUGCCGCUCUGCUGGACAAAAUGCUAGACGUUGAUGACGAUGAUGAAACGGAGAAGGGCGAAGAACAUGGUCGAAAAAUGGAUCAACAAACUUCCGUAGUCAAUACCUCCUCGAUCGCGGUGACCACAACCACCGAAACGACGAUAAAGCUGGAACCAUCGUCGCCCAUAAUGAUGGCAACGACUACAAUGACAACUACUACCACCAUGAUCAAGCAGGAGAAGCUAGAGAAUGGUUUACCGGAUGCCGCUUCCCUGCAUCACAAUGGAACGCAGGAGAACGGUGGUACCAAAGGAGGUUCUACUAAAAGUGCUGGUUCGGCGAUAGAUAGACGAAGAACCACGCAGUGUUAUGCGAGACGCAACACGAAACUAUGUGAUUCGAAUGAGGAACUAGAUCUGGGUGCGGUAAAGAAUCCACCGAACCCGGACGAACGUACAUUGAUACUUACGUCGACUACGAACUACACGAUGACGUCUCGCAAGGGUCGUCCGGUAAAGAUUCAUCCCGCAGAGGAGGAUGUGUUUGUGCUCGACCAUAGGAGGGAUUGGGACCGAGCGUCCGAUUAUCAGUAUCAGCGAGACACUGAAGUCGGGGGUGAUCCGUGGACGGCCGGUCAUACUGAUCCAGAUCCGCAUGAUUACAUUAUGGACACGUUCCGGGCCGAGUUUGUGAACAUUCCAUUUGCAAAAUACAUUAAAACCAGCGCCAAGUAUGCUGAGGCUGCUAAGACGGCCAGCACCAUCACCACCCGGAACGGCAAGCGGAUAGGAGCCAACAUUAACAACAACAAUUGUUACAUUAGCACCGUGAGUAACAAUAACAACAGUGCAAAGUGUACAAGUAAAAACGGUCGGGAGCUGCAGCAUCAGCAGGAACCAGAAGUACAAGAAGCACCAGUUGAGAAAAACACGACAACGGCGUUGAAAAACACGUCAGAAGAGGUGAUGGAGAUGGAUGUGGACAUAAAGGAGGAGGAGCUGCUAUCGCCACCGAAGCGAAGGAAAGAGGAAUCGUCCGCAACGCCACCGACGUUACGCACCCGGAAAGAUCACCAUAUCGCGCGGUUGAUGAAUGGUGAAAGUGGCGAGGAGGAAGAAGCGAGGGAAAAGGUGGUGGAUAGUGGUGUGGAUAAGGUGGUAAAGAACUGUAUAAUGAAGAAAGAGAAAGCGACGGUAGAUGACAAGGAAGCAGCACCAGGCGAGACAGUUGAUGGCAAGGUUGCUGCAAAGGGUACGACUCCGACGCCAAUGGAUGCGGACUGCCGCGAGAUCGAUAUGGAGCUGGAGAAGACGUCGAGUUUAUCGAAUGGUCCACAAGAACCGGCGCAUAACGCUGAUAAUGAGCGGGAAAAUAGUAGCGAAACAAGUGAAUCGUCGGCAACGACUGAACGUGAACCGCAACCUCAGCAAAAUAGUGUGAAAUCGGAGGAAUGUCAGAAGUCAUCAGCAGUCGUAAAACUGGUCGACGAAAAGAUGGACAUCGAUGAACAGGAAGAAGAUGAUGUUUCGUCUGUAGUAAUUCCGAUGGUUGGAAAGACGAUAGCCUUCGACAUUGCGGAAACGGUGCGUGAUCCGGCCCGAGUGCUCAAACGUCGACGUAUGAGUGACUACGAGGACGAGUGUUACACACGGGACGAAGCUAGCCUGUACCUCGUGACCGAGGGACAGGAUGCACUGGCUAGGCGUUGUGUAGCCAUCUCGAACAUCUUGCGCAAUCUCACCUUCCUGCCAAACAACGAGACGGAGUUCUCCAAAUCAUCCCGCUUUCUGGCGAUACUCGGCAAGCUGUUGCUACUGAACCAUGAGCACCCGUUGCGUACUAAAAAGACACGCAACUAUGACCGCGAGGAAGAUGCUGAUUUCUCCGACUCGUGCAGCAGCUUGCAGGGUGAGCAUGAGUGGUGGUGGGACUUUCUGGUGCAAAUUCGCGAGAAUAUGCUAGUGGCCACGGCAAACAUUUCCGGCCAGCUCGAUUUGUCCCGUUUCGACGAGCCGAUCUCACGCCCAAUCCUGGACGGACUGCUGCACUGGGCGGUGUGCCCGUCGGCGCACGGUCAGGAUCCGUUCCCAACGCUCGGUCCGAAUGCGGCCUUAUCGCCACAGCGGUUAGCGCUCGAGGCACUGUGCAAGCUGUGUGUGACGGACGCAAAUGUGGAUCUGGUAAUAGCGACACCACCAUUUUCGCGGCUCGAAAAGUUGUGCUCGGUGCUAACACGUCAUCUAUGCAAGAACGAGGAUCAGGUGUUGCGCGAGUUCUCGGUCAAUUUGCUGCAUUAUUUGGCUGCUGCCGACAGUUCGAUGGCACGCACGGUUGCACUGCAAUCACCAUGUGUGUCGUAUCUGGUGGCAUUCAUCGAGCAAGCCGAACAAUCAGCAUUGGGUGUUGCCAACCAGCACGGAAUUAACUUCCUACGAGAUAAUCCUGACUCGAUGGGCACCAGUCUUGAUAUGUUGCGAAGGGCUGCCGGUACGUUGCUGCACCUAGCGAAACAUCCGGACAAUCGACCCCUGUUCAUGCAGCAGGAGCAACGACUGCUAGGGCUAGUCAUGAGCCACAUACUGGACCAGCAGGUUGCGCUCAUUAUCUCCCGUGUACUGUACCAGUGCUCUCGGGGAACUGGACCGCUUACGACGAUGGAGAUCGAAUCGGGAGGUAAAACGAACACUUCGAGCAACUCCUCCAACUCCUCCUCAGUAAUGGCUGCUUCCAACUCUUCGUCUAUGAUGGAAACAAAAUCGGGAGCUGACUCGAAAACAACAUCAACAGCGAUGUCUACCAAUGGUAACAGCAGCAGCAGCAGUAGUUUACCGACCACAGCGGAUGGUUCUUCCCCGAGUGCUGCAACGAAUGGCAGUGGCGCGCCAGUAACGAACAAUGGAACUGUGACUAUCACCCAAACAGCCGCGACGAACGGACAGGUGACAGCGGAAGAAUUUGUCACACCAUCCACUCCUUCCUCAACCGCUAACGUUUCUGAGGGUGUGGAUAGCAGCAGCAAUCGGACUGCCAACGUUGAUGCAUCUUCCAUGGCAGCUUCGACGGCGGUAGUUGCUGGGUUUGAUGAGUCCAGUUCUUCGUCGUCCUCGAACACUGCGGCAGAUCACGGUGCAUCGGCAACUAACACGCCUGCCUCCCCUGCAGCAGCGACGAGCGUAACAUCGGUGAACCCGGAUGGAACGUCCAACAGCAACGCCAGUACGGCAACAACAAACAGUGGUAGCACUAGCAGCAGCAGUAAUUGCAGUAGCAACAACAGUAGUAGCAACAAUAGUAGCAGUAGCAGCAACAGCAGCAGCAACAGCAGUAGUAACACCGUUCCCACGAGUCCAUCAGCCGUAGCAGCUACAAACCCUUCCUCCCCAGCAGCGAAUGUCGCUACAGCACCUCCACAACCAUCGUCACAGCAUCCGAUAACGGCAUCAUCGUAG